AUGUCACAAACAACCGGAUAUCCCAGUUUCAACCCUGAGCUCCACCUAAUCACAUCCGAAGACACCCAUGACGCGUCGAAAGCAAAACCCAAGAUAAAGUUUGAUAUCAGGAAACUUAAUAUCCUGUCGCCAGAAUGCAACUCGUAUCUCGAGCCGCUGUCGCAAAACUGCUUUCCCAUCUUCACAGCGGCUUGUAUCAAGAUAAUACAGUGGGAGCUCAACAACUGGCUGCUGACAAAGGACCGAUGUGACUGUUUGAAGAAGUUUGAGAAGGACAAGAGCUUUUCGUUUUUGAACUUCGAGUCUCCCACAAUGAAAAGCUGCGUGAACGUUUUGCCCUUCUCGUACCAGGCCUUCACCCAUGCGAAGACCAUCGAAGUGCUUAGCUCCCACUUGGGGUUCCCAAUCGAGCUGGUCAUGGACUAUGAGAUCGCCCACUUCGCUAAAAAGAUAGACAGCCACAACAAACACAUGGUGGAAAAGAUGAACUUGGGCGUCUCUUCCAAAGUCAUCAUCCGCAAAAAAAGCGUGGCGUAUCCGUAUAUAUGUCUUAUCAAAAUCAACCCAAACGAUAUCUGUGCAGCCCUACCGGUAGGUGAACGAAAUGGUCCUGUGCCCAUCCUACGUUCCCAAGCAGAUCAACCUCUACGAGGACUACAAGCAGAACCAAAACAAGGUUCUCUGCUCCAAACUCUACAAGAACUUCCGUGA